AAAAAGAAACUAGGAAGAGAAACAGAGAAUGAGAAAAAAUAAAAAUAAAAAUAAAGAAUUGUGGUUGUUAUUAUUAUUUUUAUUUAUUUGGGUGAUUCUUUCUGAUCUUUUUGUUUUUGUUUGCUUUUUCUCAACCUUCCCUACUUGAUGAUGAGGUAAUAAUGUACCCAACCUCAACAACAUAUGCUUAACACCAAACUAGAGAGAGAAAAAGGGGAGGGAGGGAGAGAGAGAGAAAGGAACCUCUUUUUCUCCCACAUUCUGAUCAUUGAUUCCAGUUGGGUUGGGCUGGCUGUGAGACACCUCUCUCCAUGAUGAACUUUUUUUUAUCAGAAAAGUUUUGGUCUUGAUUCUCCUUUCGGCUCUACAGAGGUGUGCGAGAUAGAGAGAACCAGAUGUGGGAAAAUAGGACCAUUUUUUUCUGUCUCAUUAAUGAUUCCAUCAGAGUUUGCCAAAAUGGCAACUGGGUAUGAACCAGCUUGUCUCUUUUGGCAUGAUUUGCUUUCCCUUGUGACCUCCAAGCCAAAAGAGGUGACUUUGAUGGGUUUCUGUGCUUUGCCAGAGUGAAAGAGGAAAGGGACAUAGCAAUAUAGGCAUUGAAUCUGUAUACAGAGAUCAAAGAGAUUGAAGAGGUGGGAGCACUGUAUUCAUCGUUUGGUGAGUAAUUGAAGCUUAGUUUGCUGAGGAAUCAACUGGGUUUCUUGCAACUUCUCAUUUUUGUUCAACAUUCCUAGUUGGGUUCUCUUAAAUUGCGCCUUUGGUUAGUCUUGUGAGCUGGGUUUCUCAAGGAAUCAACAGGGUAGCAAACUGUUCUGAUCUUCUUGUUCAUUCUUCCCGGUAGAUGUCUCAUACUGGUUUGAUUUUGUUGAAUUUUGAGAGCUGGACUGGCUGACAAACCGACUGGUAUCACUGAGGUCUAUAUUUAAUGACUUUUUCUGUUGUGUCUGGGGUUUCUCUCAACCUUUCCAGGCUCUUUUUAAGGAUAUGUAGGUGGGUUCUUGUUAAGAUGUCUUUGAAUUGCAAGCUCUCUGGCUCCAAUGGCAAAUUGUCAACCAAUUUCAAGGUGAAGAAGGCAAAGGAACCCUUGCAUGGAUCUAAUUGUGUCUGGAAGUGGAAUGGGCUGUUUCUGUUUGUGUGCCUUUUGGGUGUCAUCAUUGGGUCCAUUUGGUUCUUUUCUGGUUUGAAUGAUGGGGCAUUGAGGAGGAGGGAGGAGAGUCGAGUUUGUCAAUCCAAAGCUAGGGUUUUGCUAGAGCAGUUCAAUGUCAGCAAGGACCAACUUCAUGCUUUGGCUUCUUUGUUCUCUGAAUCAGAUCAGGUUAUGUCCUUGAAAUGUACCAAAACACUGGGGUAUAAAAUGUUACCAAGUAAUGUAGCCUGUGAUCUGAAGGUGCUGUGCUCAGAAAAGGCGGAAUUUGGAAACCAGCAUGGCAUAGUUGCUGAAAAUGUAGAAUUUUUCGACCAAUGCCCGGUUCAAGAUGAGAACAUUCCCAGGAAGCAGGGCCUGUCCUUGCAGGAGACUCAGUUUCUAUCAUUUGCUUCACAUUCUAUGUCUUCAUCAUUUUCAUCAUAUCAUCAGAACAUUGAAGAGAAGACAAGGGCCCUGUGGGACAUUUCAAAGAACUGUGAAAGUUCUUUUUCCUGUUUGGUGAAAGGAUGUUGGUGGGCUCUUUUUGUAGUGGUUGUUGGCUGCUUAAUCUCUCAUUUACAUGAAAAAUGGCGGGUAAAUCAAAAGCAAAAACUGUUUCAUCACCAGCAACAGCAAGCACAGUGUUCUUCAAGAAGUGCUGGGAAGUGGAGGACAACUCUCCUUGGUUUGUUUGUCGCCUUUGGGGUGGCUGGAUCCUAUUGCUUAUUUUCGCACUUAAACAAGGAUAUAGUUUUGAGGAGGAAAGAAACACUUGCCAACAUGUGUGACGAGCGAGCCCGGAUGCUUCAGGAUCAGUUCAAUGUGAGCAUGAAUCAUGUUCAUGCACUGGCUAUCCUUGUCUCCACAUUUCACCAUGGAAAACAACCUUCCGCUAUUGAUCAGAAAACAUUUGGAGAAUAUACUGAGAGAACCGCUUUUGAGAGACCACUUACAAGUGGAGUUGCCUAUGCUUUGAGAGUUAUUCACUCAGAAAGGGAUCAAUUUGAGAAGCAGCAUGGAUGGACAAUAAAGAAAAUGGAAACAGAGGAUCAAACUCUAGUCCAAGACUGUAUCCCCGAAAAUUUAGAUCCUUCACCCCCUCAAGAUGAAUAUGCACCUGUAAUUUUCUCUCAAGAAACUGUUUCGCAUAUUGUAUCCAUUGAUAUGAUGUCUGGAAAGGAAGAUCGUGAAAACAUUUUGCGAGCAAGGGCAUCGGGAAAGGGAGUCCUGACAUCUCCUUUCAAGUUACUGAAAUCCAAUCACCUGGGUGUUGUACUUACUUUUGCUGUAUACAACAUUCACCUCCAUCCAGAUGCUACACCAGAGCAACGUAUUAAUGCUACUGUGGGGUAUCUAGGUGCAUCUUAUGAUGUCCCAUCACUGGUGGAGAAGCUUCUACUCCAGCUUGCUAGUAAGCAGACUAUUGUUGUUAAUGUUUAUGACACAACCAGCAAAAUUGCACCAAUCAAUAUGUAUGGCACUGAUGUUGUUGACACGGGUCUAUUGCACAUUAGCAGCCUUGAUUUUGGUGAUCCAGCUCGGAAGCAUGAGAUGCAUUGCAGGUUCAAGCAGAAACCAUGUCCUCCUUGGACUGCAAUAACGGCAUCAGUGGGAGUUCUUGUUAUCACUUUGCUUCUCGGUCAUAUUUUUUUUGCAGCCAUAACCAGAAUUGAAAAAGUGGAGCAUGAUUAUCAUGAAAUGAUGAAGCUCAAACACCGUGCUGAAGCUGCAGAUGUUGCAAAAUCUCAGUUUCUUGCAACGGUUUCCCAUGAAAUCAGGACUCCAAUGAAUGGUGUUUUAGGUAUGCUGCAAAUGCUAAUGGACACAGAUCUUGAUGCAACCCAACUGGAUUAUGCCCAGACUGCUCAUGCUAGCGGGAAAGAUCUGAUAUCUUUGAUAAAUGAGGUUCUUGAUCAAGCUAAGAUAGAAUCGGGCAGGCUUGAGCUUGAAGCUGUACCUUUUGUUGUGCGUUCUGAACUUGAUAAUGUUUUAUCACUUUUCUCAGGCAGAUCGCAUGAAAAAGGGAUUGAGUUGGCCAUUUAUGUCUCCGAUCAAGUGCCUGAAGUUGUUAAUGGUGAUCCUGGACGGUUCCGGCAGAUCAUUACUAACCUUGUUGGAAAUUCAGUCAAGUUCACUAGCGACAAAGGCCAUAUAUUUGUCUCAGUACAUCUGGCGGAUGAAGUGAGGGCCCCACUCGAUGUUAGGGAUGAAGUACUGAGACAGAGCUUAACCUUAGUUCAAGACUGGUCGAAGAACGUUUAUAACACAUUGAGUGGAUUCCCCGUGGUUGACAGAUGGAAAAGUUGGAAGAAUUUUAAAAGUGCCAGUGGCACGGAGUUGGAGGAAACUGGAAGGAUCAAAUUGUUAGUAACAGUUGAGGAUACUGGGGUGGGAAUUCCUGGAGAUGCUCAAGACCGUAUUUUCACGCCCUUUAUGCAGGCUGACAGUUCCACUUCACGAACGUAUGGUGGGACUGGUAUAGGGUUGAGCAUUAGCAAGCGCUUGGUGGAUCUUAUGGGCGGAGAUAUUGGGUUUGUGAGUGAACCGGGCAUAGGCAGUACUUUUUCAUUUACAGCAACAUUUACCAAAGGAGAAACAAGUUCUUUGGAUUCAAAACGGCAACAUUAUGAUCCUGCUGUCUCAGAGUUCCGGGGACUGAGAGCGUUGGUGGUUGAUGAUAAAAGCAUCAGAGCUGAGGUUACAAGAUAUCAUCUUAAAAUAUUGGGGAUAUCCACAGAUAUAGCUCUCAGUCUGGAUUCGGCAUAUGCUUAUCUAUCUAGUAACUCUAAUUCAAGCGUAUCAUCACAUUUUGCCAUGGUUCUUGUUGACAAAGAUGUUUGGGGGAAGGAGACUAGUCAUUCAUUCCAUUGUCUCCUCAAAGAGCUCAGGUCAAGUGGCAGAACAGAAGUCCCUGAAAGCCAGGUGAAAGUAUUUCUAUUGACAACCUCUGUAAGCCAUACAGAGCGCAGUGAACUCAAAUCGGAUGGUUUAGUAGAUAAUGUGCUAACGAAACCUCUUCGAGUAAGCAUUUUGAGUUCGUGCUUCCAAGAAGUGCUUGGGAUUGGCAAGAAGAGGCAACUAAAUAGAGGGAAACCGCCUACUCUUGGAAACCUACUUAGGAACAAGCGAAUCUUGGUGGUAGACGACAACAGUGUGAACAGAAGAGUCGGAGAAGGUGCUCUAAAGAAGUACGGUGCAAUUGUUACCUGUGUAGAUAGCGGGAAAGCUGCUUUAGCGAUGCUUAAGCCACCCCACAACUUUGAUGCCUGUUUCAUGGAUCUCCAAAUGCCAGAAAUGGAUGGGUUUGAAGCUACAAAGAAAAUUCGUAGUAUAGAGUGCAAGGUUAAUGAAAGAAUCGAAUCUGGUGAAGCAUCAAUUGAUAUGUUUGGAAAUGUGGCCCACUGGCACACACCAAUAUUAGCAAUGACGGCUGAUGUGAUUCAAGCUACUAAUGAGCGCUGCAUGAAGUGUGGUAUGGAUGGUUACGUGGCCAAGCCCUUUGAAGAAGAGCAGCUGUAUUCAGCAGUAGCAAAAUUCUUGGAGUCUGGUUGAUUGAACCGGAAGGUGAUUAAUGCAGCAACAAUUGUUUGUUGGUGACCCACCCAAGUGUUUAAUCCGAACGAUUUUCGGAUUAAAGACCAAAGCAACUUGGACAUCCUGCUACUGACAUCCUCCGCUGCUGUGAGGCAUCAUGACAGAUGCUUCCCGUCUGCAUUCUUUUCGCCUUUCCUUAUGUGGAAUGCGCUUACGAUCAUGACAAUUGGAUUAUUAUGCAAAGACCGGUAGGGGGAGAAAUUAACAACUUUUACACAGUUUGUCAUCCAUUCUACAUUACACGAUCAUUUGUUGACGACUCAAUAAUAGAGACGGUGAAAACUUUUUGUACAUAACCCCUUCUAUUUGAUGUAUCUUAUAGCUCUAUAUUCUUUCAUUUAGGUUUAGGCAUAACAAAGUGUAAUGGUUAUUGAAUAUCCCGGUGAAAUGAAAGAUUAAUCUACCAUCUUCUUGAGAUUUA